CCAUCUGACCAGCAGCUCUGGAACCUUGAGAGGAACCCCAUUCUGGACCAAGAGAAGCCAGAACCUCCACAGAUUAAAGAGGAGGAGGAGCACUGCAUCGGUCUGGAAGUAGAGCAGCUUGUACUGAAGCAGGAGGAUCAAGAUAACCUUUUGUUGAAUCCUACGUUCAAGGAAAGUGACCACAGUGAACCAGAGACAAGUGACCACCAGCUCCUCUCCCACAGCUCAGCUCAGAGCCAAGAUCUCAACGGAGGCCUGUAUGGAAACUCAAAAUCAGUCGGAAAAGCAGAGCAGGCAUCAGAAAAGGGACAUCAUGUCAUCACAAGAGCAAAAGGGAGGACAAGUCCCAGUAACCUUGCAUGUAGCGCUACCAUGUCAAAGAUUGUGCCGAAUAUCUGCAAGAGUAAAAAGGUUUUCCAGUGUGACACUUGUGGAAAAGUCUUUAAGUGGAAGUCAGGAUUAAGCAAACAUCUGAAGGUGCACACUGGUGAGAAACCAUAUCUUUGCAAAACCUGUGGAGAGAGAUUUGGUUACAAGUCAGCACUAAAAACACAUGUGAGAGUCCACACAGGGGAGAAACUGCAUUCUUGCGAAAUGUGUGAAAAAAGUUUCACAAGUAGCACAAAUUUGAAGAUCCAUGAGAGAACACACACGGGCGAGAAACCUUUUUCUUGCAAAACUUGUGGGAGAUGUUUUGCAACUAGAAAUGUUCUCAAGAUACACGAGAGAACACACACGGGCGAGAAACCUUUUUCUUGCAAAACUUGUGGGAGAAGUUUUAGCCAGAGAACUACCUUGCAGGACCACGUGAGAACGCACACGGGCGAGAAACCUUUUUCUUGCAAAACUUGUGGGAGAAGUUUUAUUCAGAGGAUUAACCUGAAGAUCCACGAGAGAACACACACGGGCGAGAAACCUUUUUCUUGCAAAAUUUGUGGGAGAAGUUUUAGCAAUAGAAAUACCCUGAAGAGGCACGAGAGAACGCACACUAGCAAGAAACCUUUUUCUUGCAAGACUUGUGGGACAAGUUUUACAACUAGAGUGAAUCUGCAGGACCACAAGAGAACACACACGGGCGAGAAACCUUUUUCUUGCAAAACUUGUGGGAGAAGUUUUAAAUCUAAAUAUAACCUGCAGGUUCACGAGAGAACGCACACGGGCGAGAAACCUUUUCCCUGCAAAACUUGUGGGAGAAGUUUUACAACUAGAAUUCAUCUGCAGGACCACGAGAGAACACACACCGGUGAAAAACCUUAUUCUUGCAAAACUUGUGGGAGAUGUUUUGCAACUAGAUAUGUUCUCAAGAGACACGAGAGAACACACACGGGCGAGAAACCUUUUUCUUGCAAAACUUGUGGGAAAAGUUUUAGCCUGAGAACUACCCUGAAGAUACACGAGAGAACGCACACGGGCGAGAAACCUUUUUCUUGCAAGACUUGUGGGAGAAGUUUUAGCCAGAGAAAUACCCUGAAGAGACACGAGAGAACGCACACGGGCGAUAAAAAGGGUUUCCAGUGUGACACUUGUGGAAAAGUCUUUAAGUCGAAGUCACGAUUAAACAGACAUCUGAGGGUGCACACAGGUGAGAAACCGUAUCUUUGCAAAACCUGUGGAAAGAGAUUUGGUUACAAGUCAGCACUAAAAACACAUUUUAGAGUCCACACAGGGGAGAAACUGCAUUCUUGCCAAAGGUGUGAAAAAAGUUUCACAACUAGCACAAAUUUGAAAAUCCACGAGAGAACGCACACGGGCGAGAAGCCUUUUACUUGCAAAACUUGUUGGAGAAGUUUUACAACUAGAGUGAAUCUGCAGGUCCACGAGAGAACACACACGGGCGAGAAACCUUUUUCUUGCAAAACUUGUGGGAGACGUUUUAAAUCUAAAUAUAACCUGAAGAUCCAUGAGAGAACGCACACAGGUGAGAAACCUUUUACUUGCAAAACUUGUGGGAGAAGUUUUACAACAAGAAUGAAUCUGCAGGUCCACGAGAGAAUACACACGGGUGAGAAACCUUUUUCUUGCAAAACUUGUGGGAAAAGUUUUAGUGUCAGAAAUACCCUGAAGAAACAUGAGAGUUCGCACACGGGCCAGGAACCUUUUUCUUGCAAAACCUGUGGGAAACGUUUUACACGUGGAUGUAGGUUGAAAGUCCACAUGAGAAGCCAUAAAGGGGAGGAGUCAUAUCCCUGUACAACUUGUGGGGAAAGAUAUGUCAGCAAAUCCCUUCUAAAAAAACAUUUGAUCAACCACACAUAGCAAAUGAGAUAUUUUUGUAAAAUGUUGGAAAGAUCUCUGACUUGCAAGUUUAUACAUAGUCCAAAGGAGAAUACAUCCAGUUGAGAAGCCAAACCAUGGCAACACGAGAGGGAUAAUAUUUGCUCAAGCGUUGUCAAAGAAGUUGUAACUUAUUUAUUAAUUAAUUAAUUAGUGAUACAACAGUUAGCAAAAACCACACUGGAAAUGUUUCCAGGGGACAAAAAAGUGAUGAACCUUGUUGUAGUUCAAUGCUUUAUGAAGUUCCAUCACCACUCAUGAGUAGCAGAUUUCAAUAACUUCACAAAGCAUUGAACUAAAUCCAGGUUCAUCACUUACAUCAACACAAGAGAGAUUGUCUACAUUAACAUUACAUCUCUGUAACUGAAUGUGGAAAAUAUCCCAUUGAGGAGACGUCACAAUAUCUUUGAUGCAGUACAUGGUCAACAACAUUUGCUGAAGUACCCACAUUUCUGUUCUUCAUGUGACUGUUAUUGAUAUUUACAUCUGUAAAGGAGGUGAUGCUUUCGCCCAUGUCUCUUUGUUUAUUCAUUUAUCAGCAAUUUAUACCAAAUGGUGCAGGAAGGGGACGGGGGUGAGAGACAUUGAUUGGGUUAAAGUGGCAGAUCCAUGAUAUGUUAUUAUCACUGAACGUUGAGAGAUGUUGUCAAUGUUUCAGGAAAGACUGUGGAUGAAGAUAUAAAAAUCUGACAUUUGUGGUACAGAGAUUUAUAAGAACACAGUAUGUGGUGUAGAUUAUCAGAUGACUUCCCUUUUUCUUUUCUUUUUCUAUUACAAAGAAGAAAAUAUGUUGUGAAUGUGUACACAGUCCUAAAUGACCUCAAU